UUACCUUGAAAACCUUCCAUCUGAUCGGAGAAACUUUACUGACAAAGAGUUGGACAAUUUGAAGAAGAACUGGAAUUAAUGGCAUGGAAAUUAUCUCAGAAGGAAGUUUGGAGGCUAUAAGCAGGCCUGCUUCUACGAGCAAGCGAUCAAAUAGUCGAUCUUCUGUGAGAUCAGCUGGAAUCUCGCUAUGCAAUUCAUUGGAUAUAUUAUCUCCUGAAGAUCAAACAUCAUCAAAUCCUGAGAUUGAGGAAGAUGUAGUAAUCACAGAUAUAAGUGAAGAUACAAUCUCUGCUUAUGAAGAUCUUGUGGAGAAAAAUCCCAGCCCUCUCUUGGUUAUGAAUGAAAAAAAUGAUGAAAAAGGUGUUAUUAACUCGAAAGAAAUUGUAAACCCUUCACUAACUGAUGCUAAUUCGAAGACUGUCAUUGAUGAUACUUCCACAUUCACCGCAAACGAAGCAUCUGUUUUAAAGGAAAUUGAUCCCCAUUCAAGAAAUGAAGCAUCAAGGUCAUCAACCAGUGAAAUUGACGGCAAUGAUGUGGAUCCUAAGGUACAAAGAGGAAUGCAGAGGAUUAAAAAACUUGAUAGCAUCUUGGCUGAGAAAAUUAAGAGGGAAAUUGAAGUUAAAAAACAGCGUCGUGAUCAAGAACGUUUGUGGCGUGAAGAGUUGGAAAGUUUGCAGAAAAAUCGCGACUCUAAACUUGGAAAAUCUGUAGACCUUGGUCCUGCCCAUAUGCUUGCCCUAGGCGCUCCUAAUAAAGAAGAAAAAUGUCUCGUCGAAGACCCACGCAUUAUCACACCACUCUUUGCAACACAACCUUUUGUUGAAGAUAACAUGAAUGACCAGCAAAUACAUCAAGAAGACUGUACUUCAGACACUUUGAAUGUUAACAAAGGAACCGAAUCUUCCAAUAAAAAUUGCAAUCCAAAACGAGAAAAUAGAAGUAAAAUUGAAAACGACCCUACUCAUCAGACCGGCAAGAAUAGCGAGAAAAAUACGAAAAAGCAACGGAAAUCAAAAACGAAAGAUUUCAUCAAGAGAAAUAUCUUGCUAGCAGCUGAUGCUGGUAGUUUAAUUGCAAUGACAGAAGAUGAAAAGAAACGAUUGGACGAAAUUCUAUCGGAUAUCGGAGAUCUAACGAAUGAGUCGGCUUGUCAAGAUUCCGUCAUUCCUUACGGCAAUGGUUUUGUACCAACACAGGAUGAAGCCAAACAACUUGAUGACAUAAAUAUGCGACUUCAGUGUUUGAUACCCUCUGAAGAGUUUGAAGUGACAUGUGGAAAAAUUGACGCUGAUCGAAAUAUUAUGGCCAACAUCAAUGGCGAAUAUACCGCUCCUGGAGAUGGUGAAUCAACUGUAGGCGAGAUUGUUUUGCAAGAAAAUGACAUGCAACUUAUGAAGGAGAGAUUAAUGGUGAUCGAGGAGCAGUUGAAGCAUUUCCAAAAUAACGAUGAGAAUGAAAGUGUCCUUUCUGAAUCAGUACUAAGACAACUCUUGGAGGGAAGUUCACGUACCACAUCUCGUACGACGUCAAUAUUUGACACUAUGACGUCAUCGUCAUUCAGUUUCGAUGUUACAUCCAGUCACGAUGCAAGCUCAGUGGCUUCUUCUUCGCCGUUCGUUGACCCGUAGCGCACGACAGGAUCGCUACAUGACGUAUGAUAUUUUCUUUGUUAUUUGCAAUUCUAUAGCCAUAAAUAUGAAACAAAACCUUAAGUUUAACAACGUUUUGAACGUUCCAAGCUGUUAUUGUUCAGAUUGUGUUGCCAUUCGCAUUUUUUUAAAUUUUUUUGUCUGAAAGCCCGGGUGUAAUUUCAGUCUUCAGUACUUGUUUCUGUUCUACUCGUCUUCGUUGUAAAAACUGAUCAGUGGUUGUAGCCUAUGUUGAGUUAUUUGCAUAAACAGCGUGAUGCAGUAACUUUUCAUCUUUAUGACGUCAUUUCCUUUCAUCCACUUGACGGCACAUCCUUGUAUUUAAAUCUUUUUGUUUUAAUGGCCCAACUAAGUGCCAUACAAGUUCAAUUGUGUAUGUUUUUGUUAUGUGAACUGGUCGCAAGCCUUCAAAAUGUCUUGGAGCUAUACGGAAUUUAAAAUUAUACCAGAAUCUGAGAGACGACGUCGCCUGAAACGUUUUGAUGAUAAAGACAAGGUAGUUGUGGAAAUUUUUGAGAAAGUUGCCGGAGAUGACGGUGUCAUAGAUGCUUAUGAGUUACAGAACCUCCUACAGCUUUGUUUUCGACGCGAAAUGGGAGAUUAUGAUUUCAAUUUGGAAACCUGUCGAAGUCUUUUGGCUCUCUAUGAUGUGGACAUGAGUUGUUGCAUCGAGUUUGACGAAUUUUAUAAACUUUGGAGAGAUUUGAAGAUUUGGUAUGGUGUGUUCAACAAAUACGAUAUUGACAGGAGUUUUGAUAUGGACAAGAAAGAAUUACGGCAAGCACUCGCAGGAAUUCCCGACCUUCAUAUCACUGUCAAAACUAUCGAAAUAUACUCGAAAAGAUUUGUUAACAGGGAGAGCAGAGUCGGUCUUGACGAUUUUCUUCAAAUUAUCGCGAGGAUCAAGUGUUUGAGUAGAUCUUUUGAAAGACAAAUGUUAAGAAGCGGAAGUUAUGGUCGAAAUCCCAAGGCAAUGUUCACUUUAGAUGCAUAUGUGGAGGCAGCUUUGAUAUCCUAGAUCGUAAUGACGGCAAAUAUAUGUAUUUAUGGAGAGAUAUAGUUUUGUUAAUGAUUUACGAACACAAUACAUUAAAUGCUCAAAUCAAUUUCCUAGAUUACAUGUUACAAGGAUGAAUUUGUAAAUUCCACGCGAUUGUCUCGGGACGAUCAUAAGGACGAGCGAUCUUUUUCGUCAUUACAAGAACGUAAUGACUAAUUAAACUGAUUGUAAUUACAAACUUAUCCCUAAAGAACAUUUGUACACGAGAAUCUAUUUAUGGUUCAUCA